AUAACGACAUCGUCGAGUGCGUGCGAGCGAGCCGUGCGCGAGUAACUAUGCGCUCGCUCCAGUUUAACACAGCGAGCUCGACUUGGCGAUGCGUGUAGAGGUGAGCGUCUAGUCGUUGCGCCCUGAUCGAAUCGAUGGGCAAAGGCCAGCAAGUCUGGUGAUGCCGCUCAAAUGGUGGGUUUUCGUCUAGGGCUUCUGCUGCACUCGCCACACCCUAGGGCACGCGCUGCUGUGGGUACCCGCCAAUGCAAGCAAGCGACGCGCUCAGCCGCUUGCCCUUGGGGGAUUCGUUUGGGGGCCGCCGCGAAACCACCCGAAUUGUCGCCUGGAUUGUGGUUCAGCUCGCGCUCAACGGCCAAGGUCAACGCCAACGGCAUUCCUGGGUGCUGGAAUUCAAACCUCCAUACCAGUUUACCAAACAAACGCAGCGUUUUUGCUGACGCUUCAGUCGAGCGCGAGCCAACUUCCGCAAGUAGGACCUUGGCCUCUAGCCCAAGGCGACGUCCAGGCAGAAGGUUCCCCGUUCCCAGUCCUGACUUGGCUUUGGGUCCCUCCCCACCGCUGCGCUGCAAUGCCUUUCAUGCCACCGCCGCUUGACAGGAGGAGCGCCGAGGAUGCACCAAGCAGCUUAGCUUUCCACCGGUCCCAGAAGUCCUGUCGUACGCUUUCGUACACUGUCACGUCAGCAACCGACGAGGACCGAUAAGCUCGAGCCUCGAUUUGGAAAGUUCAGCCUAGCCCACUGCAAACACGCGAUCCGAACGCUGUAAUUCACGCAGCAUGGCGGACGGCGGCGGGCGCUUUCGCUCCGCUGCAGCCGACGGCGCUGCCGGUGCCGGCGGCGGAGGCAGCGGCGAGGCAGCAGGUGGCAGUAGCAGCACUGGCGAAAUGUGGCUGCGGCGAGUACGGCCCACCACUGCGAUGGGGGCCGAGGCCGCCGACGACGCCGGCGGCGGCCGUGCGCGCCAGCGGCGGCGGCUGGAUGUGUCGCGCGACGGCGCCGCGGAGGUCUCAGCCGCAGGUAGCGGCGGCGGCGGCGGCGGCGCCAGCCCGGGUGGCAGUAGCAGCAGCGAUGACGGCAGCAGCAGCAGCGGCUACGGCGGCGCAUGCGCUGCUGGAGCCCUGGAAUCGGCGGCGCGCGCAGUAGCACGGGCCAGCGGCGCAGCUAGCGCUACUGCCGCCGAUACCGACGCCGCGGCGGCGCGCGUGACGCAGCUUGCAGCGGCUACAGCUCCCGAGGUGACAAAGCCGGUAACGGCGACAGCAGGCAGCGCUAGUGCCGUUGGCGGCAGCGGGCGUCCAGUAAACAACUCGGACCCGAAAAUGCCACUUCCGGAACAGGCAAAUCAGCCGCCGGCGCAGCAGCAAGAGGGACGGCGCAGUAGCAGCGGUGGUGGAGGUGGGGGUGGAGGUGGCGGCGGCGCCGUGACCACUGCGGCUGGAGGUGGGGGUGGAGGUGGCGGCGGCGCCGUGACCACUGCGGCUGCGGCAUCCGCCGCCGCAGCAAGGGCCGCUGCAGCGCCCGCUGCUGCUACUGCCGCGACAGCCGAUGCAGCAGCGGCCGAUGGGCCGUGCGGCGCUGAUGCGGUGUGCCACUGCGCACCCACGCCGCCGGCGUCAUCGUCAGCUGCUACAUCUACAGCCACUGCUACUGCUACAGCCACCACUGCUACAGCCACCACCGGCACCACUGCCACAGCCACAGCCUCGGCCGCAGGGGCUGCUGCUGCGGCGGCGGCGGCGGCGGCGGGGGUCUUGGGUGGCGCCUCGGCUUGCUGCUGCUGCUGCGAGCGCGAGGGAGGGGACAACGAAAGCAGGCCCGCAGCAGGGGGCGGCACGAUCUGCCGUACUGCGGUGGCGGGCUCGGUGGAGGCGGCACCAGCGGCACCGGCGGCGGCGGCGGCACGGCGGACCAGCAGCGGAUGUGCUACUGCCGCCGCUGUGGUCGCCACGGCCGCCGCUGCACCCGCUUCUCCAGUCGCCGCAGCAGGUGCGCGCCCCGCCGAGGCGCUUGCGGCCGAGGCCCUGACCGGUGCUACUGCUACUGCAGCUGCUUCUCCUCAUGCUACUACUGCUGCUACCGGUGAUGGGGACGCUGCCGCUGCCGCUGCCGACGGUGCUGCUGGCUGCUACAGCCAAUCUCUGGUGCUGGGUUCGCCGGCAGGAGGAGGCGGUGCGGAGGGCGGUGAGGAGGCUACUGCGGAGGUGCGGCGGCAGCGGCGGCUGCUGUCGCUGGGGCAGGGGCUCUCGCGGCGACUGAGGAGGGUGCAGGUCCUGCGCAGUCAGUUGGGCUGCCUGGAGUCCCAACUGGGAUGCCAGCUGCACGCCUGCCUGGAGGCCCUGCACGACGUCCGAGCAGCCGCCGCCCGCGCCGCCCUGUCCGCCGCCGCCUCCGCAAACGCUGCCGCUGGCCUGCCGCUCCCGCUCCAGCAGCAGCAGCAACAGCAGCGGUUGCUCGCCGGCCGCCGCGGCGACCAACAACACCACCAGGGGACCGCCGCGCAGGCCCAUGCCCAGGCACUGGCGCAGGCGCAGGCGCAGGCCGCAAGGGCUGCCGCCGCAGCUGCCGCGGCGGUGGCGGCGGCGGAUGGGGGGCUGCGCGAGAUCUCCGCCGCCGCGGCCGAGCUAGGGCUGCUGGGGUUGGGGCUGGGGCUGAGUGGCGGCGGCGGCAGCGGCAGCGAUGGGUACGGACCGGUGCCGCUGCUGACGGCGCCACCGGCAUCGGCGGCAUCGGCGGCCGCGGCAGCUUUGGGAGGUAGUGCGGUGGUGGGGCCGGCGGGAGGCGGCAGCAGCGGCAGCCGGCGUGCGUCUGCGUCCGGGCAUGGGGAAGUGGAGGACACGCACCCACCGCUGCCGCAGCACCAGCAGCAGCACCAGCACUUGCCCAACCUGGAGCGCAGGACCGCCUUGCUACCGCCUGCAGCUGCUGCUAAAGCUGCUGGCGUUGGCGCCAGCGGCAGUAGCAGGGACUGCAGCCCGCCGCCGCCGCCGCCGCCAUCGCAGCAGGGCCUGCUGCCAAGGGGCAGUAGCUGCAGUGAGGCGCUGGCGGCGUUGGAGCAGCAGCUGGGGCUGCAGCCGCCGCCGCCGCACCUGCUGCUACAGCAACAGCAGCAGCAGCAGCCCCAGAGGGAUGCAGCCGGCGAUAUGAGCGAUGCGUUCAUCUGGCGCCGCCGCAGCAGCAGCACCAACGGGCUCGUCGGGACCGGUGGAGCCGGAGCCGGCGGCGGUGUUGGCGGCGGCGGCGGUGUUGGCGGCGGCGGUGGGGCCUGUUCCCAGUUGGGUACGCCGAAGCCGCCUUCGCACACGCUGUCACAAGACGGUGGUGCCGCCGCUGCUGCCGCGGCCGCUGCCGGCGUCACUGCCAGCGCUUCGCCCUCGAAGCCUGGAUUGGGCAUCACGGCCGGCGCCCUUGGGGCAUGCGAUGAGGAGCCCGCAUUGCCAGCGCCCGCCCACUCCGCCGCCGACGCCAGCGGCGGCGACGUCGCAGCAGUCUGCGGCCUCCGCGGUGGAAGCGGCGGCGGUGCUGCCGUGAGUGGAACGUGCCGCGGCGGGUUGGGCGUGCCGGCUGGUGGUGGCGGGUUUGACACGGCGGCGGGACACGCGCGGCAAUCGGCCCUGAUGGAGCUGUUGGCUGCAGCGCUGCGUGAGCGAGCUGCCUCCGCAUCCGCCGCCACCAGCGAUGGAGCCGCCGGUGUGGUAAUCGGAUCCACCGGUGGCGAUGUGUACGUUCGGCCGGGUGCCGGUCUGGGCGGUGCGGGCCCUGUGGCUGCGGCAGCGGCGGCGGCUGCUGGCGUCGCAGUUAGCGGUGGCAGUGGCGGUGGUGUUGGUGGUGGCGGGUCCAGCGCACAGCAGGAGUGGUCCGAGCUCACGUGGCAACAGCAGCAGCAGGAGCACCAGCGGCAGCGGCGGCAGCUCCAGCAGCAGCAGCGGCAGCUGCAACUGCCGCUGCUGCGGCCCGUCAAGCCCACUGUGGAGCCCUACCACCAGCAACGCCAAUACCAGCAGUACCGCCAGCAGCAGCCGCUGCCGUCAGGGCUCCCUUUUAGCAGCAUCAACGGCGGCGGCGGCGGCGCUGACAACCAACAGCAGCACCAGCAACAGAAGCAAUGGUACCUGUACCAGCAAUACCAGCAGCAGCAAAGUGGACGGAAACGCGCAUCCGAGGGUGCAUGCCUCCACCCCAACAAUGCGGCGGCGGCGGCCGCUGCGGGAUUCGCCGAGUCCUUAGAAGUCAAGGGCCCGUCGGCCGCCCGCCGCCGCUGGUCUGAUAGCGGCGCCAGCGGUGGUGGGGGCGGUGGCGACGACGAGCUGCUAGCAGCAGCAAGGCAGCCAGGGCCGUUUAUGAUGCAGGCAGCCAUUGCGCGUCGGCCGCCGCAGCCGCAGCCGAUGACGCCGCCGGCGGCCGCUGCUGCUACUGCCGCCACUGCCGCUACUGCUGCUACUGCCGCUUGCAUGGGCCGUGGGCUCGGCGGCGCUGACGGCGGCGGGGCCAUGGCGGCGGGGCCGCAGCUACCCGCCGGGCUGCACAGCAGCAGCUCGGCAACGCGGAGCAGCGCUGCUGACCGGGGUGGUGGCGGCGGUGGCGGCGGUGGCACACGGCGCUACUCCGACACCGGCAUCGGCGUGGCUGGCUGCUUUGCAAUCGACGGCGGCGUGGGCGGCGGCGGCGGCGUCAGCGGCGGCGGCGGUGUUAGUGGCGUCAGCGGCGGCGUCAGCGGUGGCGUCAGCGGCGUCAGGCGGGCAGCCGGCACAGCUGGCCAUGCGGGUGCCUCCGCCACCGGCGUCAAGCGGCGUUGCAGCGAGGCAACGGCGGCGGCGGCGGCGGCGGCGGAUCCCCAAGGAGGAGGCCUCGCCGACGGAGACGCGGCCCGGUCUGCGGCGGCGGCGGCGCGGCGGCUUCACACGGCGGCAGUGCAGGCGUCAGCGGGGGUGCUGAGUGGCGGCAGCUGGGUUGCGGCCGCAUCGCCGCCGCCAUCGCCUCGUCCCCAGCAGCAGCAGCAGCAGCAGCAGCCCUCAGUGCUGCAGCACAUGCAGCUGCUGAUGCAGCGGUCGCGGCCGCCGCUGCCGCAUGCUGCUACUGCUGUGACUGCUGCCACUUCUGCUGGUGUUCCCGCUGCUACUGCUGCUGCUACCGCUGCGCCGCCAGCCCACCCCCGGCCGCCACCGGCGGCUGCCUGCCACGCACACAGCAGCUGGCGCCCCCACCUCCAGCCGCACCAGCAGCAGCUGCAGCCGUACAGGGGGCAGCAGCAGCACCACCACCACCACCACCACCACAGGCAGCUGCAGCAGCUACAGCAGCGGGGGCAGCAGCUGCAGCAGCAGGGCCAGCUGCAGCACUUCGCACAGCAGCAAGCACGCGAGUGGCAGCAGCAGGCGAAGCGGCCCAGGCUACUCGAGUCUGCUACUGCUGCUGGCGACGCCAGCAGUGCAGGUAGCGCCGGCGCGGUGCGGGCGCACGGCGACGACAACGGGGCGCGUGCGGCCGUGACUGCCUCAGCCGCGGCGGCGGCCGCGGCUGCACACCUGCUGCGCCUGCAGCAGCGGCAGUCUCAGCAGCAGCAACAGCAGCUUCAGCACCACCAGCAGCAGCUUCAGCAGCUGCAGCGGCUGCAGCAGCAGCAGCAGCGGCAGCAAGCGGCGCAGGAGCAGGAGCGGGAGCGGGAUCCGCGGUGGCUUCCGAACACACCAUCCCAGCGCGCCUCUGAUACUGUCGACGACAACGCCCGGCAACAACAGCUGCGCCUUCCACACCAGCUGCAACCCGCCGGCCAAGAUGACCGCGUGGCGGUGCAAUGCCCGCCGCCGUCGCCGCCCAUCCACACCAACCACGCGGGCGACUUGGGAGCGGGCGGCAUGGCGGGAGGGGCGCGCCGGAACCCUCGCAUGGCCGCGAUUGCGAUGGCAGCUGCUGCGGCGGCGGCGGCGGCAAGUGCGGCAAGUGCCGGGCGCUUGCAGGCACAGGCGGCGCCGCCUCCGCUCACCGGGGGCAUCAGCCCUCCUCUCACCGGGGGCAUCAGCCCUCCUAGCCCUCCGCAGCCUGUCACAGCUGAUGCCAAGGCCGGUGUGAGGCAGGUGCUAACUCCUAGCGCUGACGCCGGCGGCGGCAUGGGAGCGGCAGCGGAGACAGCCGUUGCACGAGCGGCGGCGGCGGCGCCGGCGGCGGCGUCACCCGUGCUGGGUGUGGAUUCAGGCUCAGCGGCGGCGGCGGCAGCGGUGGCGGCGGCGGCGGAGGCGGUGUUGGGACUGUUGAAACUGCAGCAGCACCCAGCAGACGGGGUAUGAUCAAUAUUUACGACAUGAAGGCAGUGUGAUGGUGGGAUCGGCAUGCGUGGACGACGGGGCAUACGCAUAUUACUAGUGACAGCCGCUGGGUGAGUCAAGGUAUCUGACACGUGCGGUAUGCGUGUGUAAGAACCGCAUGGAUUGAGAGUCCGCCCUCACAGCAGUAGCAGCAGGGCUGGAGUAGCUAACAAGCCGCAUGUUACCAUGGUAAGGUGUGCUGGCACGGACAGGUAGCGCUUGCUUGUUGCCCGCAAGGAAACAGCGCUGGACGAGCUGGGUAUGCAAUGGCAGCCUAGGGUGCUAGGUGACGGCGGCAUUGUUAUGACUUAGGGUGCGCUGAGUAGCGAUGGCAUUGUUGCGACUUACAAGCAAGCAUUGCGAGUAUGGAUUCACGUGCCAAUCAACAGACUUUACAACUGAUGAUGCAGGACCGAAGGGCCAGAGCGGGCGGGCGGGCAAGACCCCAGCCCAUCUUCACCCCACCUAGCGCGGUUAUUCUUCCCUUCCUCCCGCACCUUGUAUGGCACGGUACUUUUUUGUGCAGCAUGCAAUUCUGCGUGUGCCUAUUCCAAGAAGACUCCUUCCCACGCCCCGGUAUCGGGAUUCUUUCUUUUGGGGGUAGGGACUAGGGAGGGAAUUUGGUGCGGCGCGCGGCCAAGUUUGGCCCGGUACGUGCGUAUGUGCGGGGCCCAGUGCGCCCGAGCAGCCAGCGCCCCAGCAUUGCGUGCGUGCGCGUGUGGGCCGCAUAAUUGCUUCGCGCCAGCCAUGCGCUAGCCUUUUUGUGAGAGAGGACAAAGGCGCUAUGGUGUGUGUGAGCUCACAAGGGCAAUGAGUUUCGCGUGGGGCGGGUGUCGUCCCGUCAUCGCAUCCCUACAGGGCGGACGGAUGCGCUUACUUCUGGCUGGCGGCUAGGUGUGUGCACACACUUUACGUCAUCUGCAAUUGGGUUGCGAGUGUGUGUGUGUGUGUGUGUGUGUGUGUGUGUGUGUGUAUGUGUGUGUGCGCGCGCGUGUGCGUGUGAUGGCAAAGGGCGUGCUUACUUUAGACCAUUUAUUGAGCAAGUGUGCUGCUGGAGCUACUCAUCGAGUAUCGAGUCAGGGUGCACGUGUCAUGCCACACAUUCUUUCCACACUUUCCACAGUAACCACGUCGCCCCUUGGACAACCUGCACGAGCGCACGUUUGGACCGCCAACUAAUGAAGUGAAGUAACAGCGCAUGAAGACAAUGCAUCGAUAUUCCCCGGUGUGUAACAUAACGAUGUG